AUGUUCAAACAACAUCAACACAACCUGCCCACACCAAGCACAGGAAAGGUCGAUAGUAGUGAGGAUGACGAGCACGUAAAACGGAAGAUGAUUCAACAAGGAACCUCGCAUUCCAGGAUGCAUCAUGCUAGAAGAAAUAAUUCCGAGCAACAACACAAUCGCAGUAGCAAUAUCAACAAAGAUUAUCAACACAAUCAUACACCCAAUAGCAGGCAUGCACAUUCCGCGAACAGAAUUGUAACUCCGAAAACAUUGGAUUUGGAAAAGGACUUCCCAGCAUUAGGAAAAUCAAAGGCUAAACCCAAUGCACAGCCUUUACAAUCAGCCACAGCCACAAUGGCAAAUUGCAGUAUUAGUAGCACAACAAUUUCAACGUCUCAGCCAACACCUAGUAAUUCCAAGAAAAAGACUUCAAAUUUUGUGCCAAAUGAUGACGUGAUAUCAUAUCGAACUCCAUUUUCACCAAAGGCUUCUAGAACCAACAGUCCAAGCACAAUAUCGAUCAUCUCUUCAUCAUCAUCAAAAACAGUUUCUUCAACAAUGUCAUCAUCACCGACAGCAAGUAGCAGCACGAGUAACGAAAUUGUGGAGUUUGGAACUGUUGAUUUGAAAUGGAUAGCCACAGAGAUUGGUAAUUUCGAAGACUCUAGACACACAACGUUUAGAAUUGUGAAAAAAGAUAACACAUCCGGUUACAGAAUGCCAGAACGCUCUCUUUCAAAGCUAUUUUGGAAGUUAAAUGGUGACAUGAAAUGGCAAGCUGUAUUUUCAUCAUCUGAGCACGAAUACUGGAUGGAUAUUAGAAGAAGUAAUAUCAAGCGAGUGAUCGUGUACAAGUCAGAAAUGGCAAUUGAGCUAGUCAACACGCCGUUUGUGUACAGAAAAAAACCAGAUGAGCCAGUUAAAGCUAGAAUGGCUGCACCCUUUUUCUCACAGAAAGACAGCUAUUCUUCGCUGUGGUUAAACAAUUUCAAAUUUGGAAGAUCCAUUGUGAUACAAUUACCCUCAACGAACAUCAAAUCCCUUAUUGUGGGAAACCAUUACCCAUACCCAAUUUUGUACAGAGACGAGAGAAUUCAAUAUGUCGAGAUGGAUGUUUAUUUAGAGGAUGGAGUAAUGAAUUUUCAUAUUCAAGACCUUUCCUUCAAUACUGUUUAUUUAUUAUUUUGUGUCACGACUAAGGUUCCUGGUCUAUUGAACAGUAUGUUGAGACUGGAACAAAUUCGAGACACGAUUGUUCAAUACAUCAACGAAGAUUAUGCAUUAGAGUGGAUCGAUGCUGCCCUUCGUGACAUUAUUAAUGACAAGGAUAUUUACCCAAACAGCUUUAUGGAUAUUUUUAAACAGAAUGUAGAGAAACACAAGUUCAAGCAAACAGAACCUGAAUUUUCUGGCCAAAAUAACAUGUUUACCAUUAGAAAAAUCAUGGUUACACCCACAGGAGUGAAAUAUGUUGAUAAAACUGUGGAAGGAGGAAAUAGAGUAUUACGAAAAUAUAAGGACAAGUAUGAGGACUAUUUUUUAAGAGUGACUUUCUGUGACGAAGAUCAAACCAAACUCAGCGCUGAAAAGUUUGUCAACCUCCACAACAGAAUAGAUUUUUUCGUCAAGAAGGGUUUUUAUAUACACAAUAGAUUAUAUGAAAUGUUAGCUUACAGCAACUCUCAGCUUAGAUCCCAUAGUGCUUGGUUUGUUUGCGCUAUAGACAGCCUUUCCCCUAAAUCUAUCGUUGCCGAUCUUGGAAAUUUUUCUCACAUCAAAGUGGUAGCCAAAUAUGCAGCAAGAAUUGGUCAAUGUUUCUCUCACACCUAUGAAGGUAUUGAAAAAGACUUUGAUGUGGUUCCUGAUAUUUGUAGGAAUGGAAAAAUCUUUACAGACGGUGUGGGAAGAAUUUCACCCAAGUUUGCCUUAGAGCUUGCCGACAAGUUUCAAAUUGGUUAUUGUGGAAAGCAAUAUAUACCUAGUGCGUUUCAAUUUAGAUUGGGUGGAUAUAAGGGCGUUGUACAAGUCGAUCCCUUCAUUCAAACCCUAACCAAUAAGGACUUGCUACUUUCGCAAAGUCAACAAAAAUUUACUACCGAAUCAUCCAAAGAGUUUGAAAUCAUUGUCUAUUCUAAAAGACAUAGAUACGCAUCCCUAAAUAGACAGGUCAUUGCAUUACUUAGCUCCAAUGGAUUGAGUGACAAAGCGUUUUUAGACCUUUUGGAGCAGCAAUUAGAUGAAGUUCGUCACUUAUUUGAAAACAAAAAGUAUGUGAAGAGAAUAUUGAGAAAAGCUCACGAUAAUAUUAUCGGAAAUAAUUUGAAGAAAAUUAUUGGCCUCAAUUAUCUCGACAAAGAAAUGGAUCUCUCCUCUCUUGGAAAAGCCCAAUCUUCGAUACAAUAUUUUUUCCAAGUAGAACCUUUAUUCUGUAAAGUUGUCAGUAGAAUGCUGAAAAGUAGACUCUCCGAUCUCAAAUCUGGACGAUUAAUGGUGGACAAAUCAUCCCUUCUCAUGGGAGUUGUUGAUUUUUAUAAUGUAUUGGAAGAAGACGAGGUUUUUAUUCAACUCUCUGCCUUAGAUCAUGCAAACUGUGACAUUUAUGAGGAGGGAUGUUAUGAAAACGGAGGAAUUGUCACUGGAGAGGUGGCAAUUUCUAGAAAUCCAUGUUUGCAUCCGGGAGAUAUUCGCAAAUUUAAGGCUGUGGAUGAUCCAGAGAAGAUCAAAUAUCUGUCACAUUUGAAGGACGUUGUUGUUUUCUCACAGAGAGGAAAUCGACCUCAACCAAACAAACUUUCGGGAGGUGAUUUGGAUGGUGAUUUGUUUUACGUGUGUUGGGAGCCAAGGUUAUUGGAAUUCGAAGAAUAUCCCCCCAUGGAUUAUGAACCAUUACCGCCUGUCGAGAAGCAUGGUGGAUGUGACUACAAAGCAAUUAGAGAGUUUUUAACAGAGUACAUUGUGAAUGACAACCUAGGAGUAGUAGCGUUUUUGCAUUUGGAACAUUAUGACAAAGAAAAAGAAGGUGCUAAAAGCGCUGUUUGCUUAGAUUUAGCAAAGUAUCACAGUUAUCAAGUAGACUAUGCUAAAUCGGGUGUAAGGAAAGCACUGCCACUGGAACUACUUUCGGACAGUAGACCUCAUUAUAUGCCAAAGGUUUUCGGUAAAUCAAUUUACCAUUCAGAUGAUAUUUUAGGGAAAAUUUAUGAUCGAGUGAAAUGGGAAGAACAAAAGCGAAAAAAGUUGAAAUUGGGUCCUGAGAAGUAUGGUUAUGAUACAUUAGAUCACUAUUUUACAAUACUUGACAAGCUAUUCGUCACAUACAAACCAUUGAAACAACUUUUUGUGGAUUACGAAGAGGAAUUUUUUGAUCUAGAUCAAGACAUUUUGAAAGCUUAUGCAGAUGUGACAAAAAUUUAUGAAAAUUAUAAGAGAGAUUUAAGAAAGCUCAUGUUCCAGUAUUAUAUUGAAUCUGAGGUUGACUUGCUAGCUGGAUUUUUCAACGCCAAAGACCUUGAGGUCAAAUGUGGAAAAAAUCAUUACAAACUUCGAAUGGAAAUUAGUGAUAUUGUUAUGAAUUUCACAAAAUAUUAUCAUAAGGAGUCUAUGAAGGCCAUAAUGAACAAUUCUUCAAAGAUGCUCUCUAGAAAAGAGGUUGCUGCAUUGUUCUACGUUGUAGUGAGAAAUGACAAUCGAUCACUUCAAGUGAAGGAAUGUUUUGGAAUAUCCUUCUAUUGGUUAGUCAUGGAUAUUAUUGUAUCCAAAGAAAAAGAACAGACCUCAGGAGAGUCUUUUACAGAACCACCUGUGGUUGUUGUGAAUUAA